AUGCGCAGACGUUACUUCGAAGAGCUGGGAAUUAGGACUACAAAGUCAGUGUCAUCUAUUCAACAACCUCCCAAAUUGGAGCUCAAGCAACUGCCACCACACCUUCGAUAUGCUUACCUGGGGAAAUCUUCUACACUACCGGUUAUUAUUUCAAGUACUGUCAGUAAGGUGGAGGAAGAAAAACUACUUCGGGUACUAAGGGAGAAUAAAACAGCCAUUGAAUGGUCGAUUGCAGAUAUCAAGGGGAUCAACUCGUCGCUAUGCAUGCACAAAAUAUUCAUGGAGGAAAAAUUCAAACCAAACAUUGAUGAUAGUGCAUGGAUCAGUGCAGUACAAGUUGGUCCCAAGAAAGGGGGUAUCACAGUGAUAGAAAACGAGAAAAAUGAGUUGAUUCCUACACGGAUAGUGACUGGAUGGAAAGUUUGCAUCGAUUAUUGCAAGCUAAAUGCUGCUACUAGAAAGGAUCACUUCUCACUACCGUUCAUUGAUCAGAUACUGGAGAGACUAGUAGGGCAUUCGCAUUAUUGUUUUAUGGAUAGGUAUUCUGGGUAUAAUCAGAUUCCACGCUGCAUGAUAGCUAUCUUCUCAGAUAUGAUUGAGAAAUUCAUCGAGGUAUUCAUGAACGACUUCUCAGUGUUCGAGUCUUCGUUUGAUGAGUGCUUGGAGCAUUUGAGUCUUGUGCUACAGCGGUGUACAGAGACUAACUUGGAAUCCACAUUUGAGUUCAUGGAUGAGUGUCUGCUGGUUUUUAACACCUUGAAGGAGAAGUUGAUUUCAGCACCCGUGAUCAUUACAUCGGAUUGGAAUCUGUCAUUUGAAUUAAUGUGCAACGCCAGUGAUUUUGCUGUUGGGACCGUCUUGGGACAACGAAGAAAUAAGAUAUUUCACGUGAUUUACUAUGCAAGUAAGACCUUAAACAAUGCUCAACUAAAUUAUGUCACUACAGAGAAAGAGCUCCUGGCCGUUGUCUACGCCUUUGACAAAUUUCGAUCAUAUCUUGUGGGGUCAAAGGUCAUAGUUUACAUAGAUCAUGUUGCCAUCAAGUACUUAAUGGAAAAGAAGGAUGCAAAGCCACCUCUCAUUUGUUGGAUACUGUUGUUUCAAGAGUUUGACUUGGAAAUCAGGGAUAAGAAGGGCAGUGAAAACGUGGUGGCGGACCACUUAUCUCGACUCGAGGCCACAGAACAGACAGAGACAGUGGAAAUCAACGAAGUCUUCCCAGAUGAACAGAUUUUUGGUAUGGAAGAGGCACCCUUGUAUGCGGACAUAGUUAACUACUUGGCCAGGUCUAUCAUGCCGCCUGAUUACUCCAGUCACUAG